AACACGUCCUGACUUGACGCAUGCGCACUGAGUCAAACGCACUCGUAUGUUGGGACAUUGUGCAGAUUCAAGCCUGAAAAUGGGGGACAAACAGCAAUAAAAGUCUGCAGACACACCCUGUUGAUAUCAACUCUAUAAGAGCCAUGGUUCAUGGGGUAGAGGUUUUUCUUCGCCAUGAAUAUGCGACCCGAACGCUUUUCUAAAGUGGGAUUGUACUCAAAUAACUGUGACUUAAGUCCAUCUCAAACAAGACACCCAGUUAGUGUCCGAAGAGAGAUUGGAAAUCCUCUUGGUGACACUCAAGGCAGGACCAGACAACAUCUGAUCUUGGACAAGACUGGGAAAGCUGAGCGGACUUCACUGCCUUUAAAGCCUGGAAGAGAGUUGGCUGUUGCUUCAGAGGCUGGCUCUGUGGGCACAGAAACACUGUCAUCUCAAGCUAAACAAAUGGGGGGUGAAGGCACCCCUGUAAAAAGUAAAACUCCUCUUGGACAGACCAACACCAUUGAUAACAAGCCAGAGUUUGUAUCCAUGAAUUCACAUAGUAAUUCUAGAGACCCUGUGGGUGAGAAAAGCACCAAAGGGUUAGAGACUAUGGGGGUGUCUAAUGAACACUCGGAGGGCAAAAGGACAAAUAUGAGGAAGAUCACUAGUCAUCCUCAUGCACAAGCCACUUGCCUUAAACAACUGCUUUUGCUUCAGCUGGACUUGAUAGAGCAACAACAGCAACAGCUGCAGACAAAAGACAAGGAAAUAGAUGAACUCAAAUCAGACAGAGACAUGUUGCUUGCCCGUAUUGAGCGUAUGGAGCGCCGCUUGCAGUUGUUAAGUAAGGAACCACGUGACAAGAGGCUAUUCCAACCACUGGAGAGAUGGGUUCCUGACACGGAUGACUUUUGGGAAUCAGAUUUGGGCCACAGCCCACAAACCCAGGACAAGUCAAGUGGAAAAGUGCAAAAGCGGAAGUUAAGCUUGUUAGAUACAAAGAUGCAGAGGUCAAGAGGGAAGUCCUCUAGAGUGACCCCCCAAAAACUAGAGGCAGGAGGGACAUCACCAUGUCAGCGUGACCUGCGAAACAAGGAGACCCCGGAGAAGACGAAUGUUGCGAAAUCAUCCGGACAGACGGACCUGCAGCCUGAGGGAGAAGACGGCAAAGAAAUGGAAGAUCUUUCAUACAUGACAACAAAUGAGAUGUACCUAUGCUGCUGGCAGCAACCUCCAGCCUCUCCAUUACCGGAAGAGUCUCCAAAGAAAGAGGAGGAUGUUACAAUCCCAUCAUGGAGGGAAAACACCAUGGAACCCCUUCAGGAGGAGGAUGCUGUUGACAUCCCAGAAAAUCUUGAUGACAGUGUUUUUCUGAAGCGGCACGCAAAGUUAGAACUGGAUGAGAAGAGACGAAAAAGAUGGGACAUUCAGAGAAUACGUGAACAGCGUAUGCUUCAAAGAUUGCAGCAGCGCAUGGAGAAGAAAAAGACGAAUGUUCAGGAGAGCGAGCCAGAAUUGUCUUCGUUUUAUCCUGAUGUGGACAAUGUGGAGGCCAUCAUGGUAACACCCUUUCUGCCAGUAGUGGCAUUUGGUCGGCCUUUGCCCAAUUUGCCUCCACAGAACUUUGAGCUGCCCUGGGUUGACGAAAGAAGUCGAUGUCGCAUUGAAAACCAAAAGAAACAAACUCCCCACAGGACCUGUCGGAAAUGAGUCACAAACAGGUUCUGGGCCCCAACCAGAGGAGCGUUCCUUCGUGUCCAGUGGCAUAACAUGGGGUUAAAGGAGGCAAAACAGGGUUUGUUCAGUCAGGGAACAGAACAUUAGCCCAUCAUUAUGGUUUUGUGUCUGCCUGCAGUCUGCUUGCACAGAGACCGUAUACGUGAGAAGAAAAUGGCAGCAUAUUACAGCUGUUUCCAUUUUAUUGUGCCCUGAUAAUAAAGCACCAACUGCCCAGCUAACUGCUAUUUUAGUUUCCUCACAAUCAGUGUGUGGCCUUGAUUUAAUCCUUCACUUGUAGUCCUGUUCUGUGUCCUUUCACUGAGGCUAAGUGAUAUUGAUUAUUGCAGGCUCCACUGCAAAUACUGUUUUAAUGUGCACUAAACUGUAGUUAUGGAAUAUUGCUGCACAUUUGCAUGUAAUGCCUCAAUAUUUGGGUUGAGAAUGACUUUAAAGAGCUUGUUUUGUUUUUGCCAAUGUAAUUGUGCAUGAAUGUCGUGGUGAAUCUUAUGCCUAAAAUAAUACAUAUUUUUGUAAGCAUAGCGUAGUCAUUUAGAAAGAAAAAAAUAGUCAGGAUUAGAGCAAGGAUGAUAAGAUGUUUAGAUGAAUGCCCGAUGUAAAAGAGUGAGUAAGAAUUGUUUGUAUGGCCGUUCAGGUGGGUCCGAAUCUGUUCAGCAUCCAAUGCAGGUUUAAGGACAAUGCCCUUAACGUUAUUUUUGGAUCAGUUAGUUGGUCUGUUGAUGUUGUUUUUGAUGUACCUCAACCUUCUUAUUGAAAAUACAGUAUAUUUUACACUUCCAUUUUCUAAAAACCUUAUCCAUGUCCAGAAGUGUUGCUUCUCAUUAUUAAUUUUGCAUAAAUUCUGUGCCUCAUGGGAUUUAUUUCAGGGCAUUUGUGAUAUUUCCUAAAGAUAGUCUUGUUCUAACUCAAAAGUGAUAACCUGAUUUUGUGUGUAAAUGUGUUGAUUUUGUGAGCACCGCACACAAGUUUUUUUUUUUCCUGAAUGUCUACAACUGGACCUCUGUAAAUAUCUUUACUGACACACAUUGGCUGUAAAUAAGGAAAACAUUGCUGUUAUUUUUUUAUUUAAUGUCAGAAGUGUUGUUUGUUCAGCAUAGAUAUUAUAUUGAUAGCAUUAUUUACAAAAUAAGAUUUUUUGUUUUUCAAAAAAAAGAAUAAAAACUCACUCUGUGAUUUCUUAAUUGACACUCAAGUUUUUAAUGUCUCAUGUAUCCAUAUUUGUGCUUACUGUAGUAUUUUUGUCCCCAAAUCACUUGAUUUGGCCCUUAGCAUUACAAAGAUGUGAUCUGGGCAAGAUUGUGAAAACGGAUCACAUUUAUUCAAAGACUGAAAAUUUAACCAUUUUGUUUAACACUAUUUUUCAAAUAUUGUACAACAAUACAAUUUAAUCUUGUGUUUGUAUGCAAAAAUCAAUUUGUCACAAAACUUGGGAUACUAGUUUGUAAGAAUUACCCACGUGUGCAACAGUAUAUGUGGCAGCCAUUGUAAAACAAAUGGAACUCCAAAUAUUACAGAACACAUUUGAUCACGUCAUAGUGUGAAAAAUGUUUAUUGAACCAAAUAAAUGCAAAAUAACAAGAAAUAUUUUUUUUUUUCAAAAUAUACAACCUCUUUUGAUUCACCAUGAGAUAAAUACACUAAUAUUUCUUUUUAAUUUUCAAUAAUAUUUCUUUAGAUUAUUUUGUGAUAGAACAACCUCUGGAAAACUGCUUCCAAGUUCCAAGUUUUCAUAAUUAAAUGACCAAAGUUAUUGUGAGAUGUUGCCUUGCAAAAACUUCAGGGUUUAUGAAGGUUUAUAGUUUACUGAACAGGCCUGGGUGUAGGAACUAGACAUUCAAUCACUUUGAGAAAAAAAUAUAUAUAAACCACCACAUUAUGCGAAGGUAAUUACCACUAAACGAUCAAGAUGAAUAUAAUAUUAGAAGAUCAUGAUAGUAUAAUAGCACAAUUAUUUUAAAGGUAAUCCUCUGAUGUACCCUUCUAUGAACAGAUUGAAAACUGGAGUGACUCCAUUUUGCACUAUUUAUAUAAAAGAUCAGUAUCAACAUCUGUGUUUAUUCAAAUGAAAAUAUGAUGUGUGGCAAAGCAGUUUUUAUAGUAAUGAAAUAUUUAGUGUUA